AGUUUUCACUAUUAAUCUAGGAUUUAUCUAUAGUUUUCACUAUUAGUCUAGCAUUUAUCUUACGGGAAUGUUUUUUUUUCAUUUUCAUUGUCUCCCUGAUAAGUCUAUGCUUCAUCUGUUAGUGCACUAUAUCCAUGGAUUUGAACCCUCUAUUCAGGUUUCGACACAGAACUGAUUAGCAUCUGCUUUUAGCGUUGCAAUUCUUUAACGGCUUUGCCUUCCAAUGGAAGAUCAUACACGCUCUAUUUUGGGAUAGCUCGUUGACGUUUGAUUCUUUCCCUUAUUUGUAUCUUAAAUAAAGGAAGAGAGAGAAAAGAUCACAAUAGUCUUAACAAUAGUCUUAUCUGGUGAGGUCUUUUGAUAUCAAUAAAUCAUAUGUUGAAACAUUAUUACAAAAAUUUGCUCUUUGCUUGUGUUCUAGAUAGAUGGUUUUCUUAUUUUCCCAUACAUGUCAUAGUACAAGUCAUGUUUCCUGUUUUUCUUCUCCCAGAAAAAGAAGCAUUGGAUGUGUUGAGUUUUUCCGAUGUUAAGUUAGAGAGCACAUGUACGUUCUAGCUAGAGUGACGUUAAGUUCUCUUUGGUGUUUGUUGUAUUUGAUAAUCUUAUUGCUCCGAGUAACUGAGGACUAUUUGUGUUUGCCGCAGCAAAGUUACGCAAGUCAUAGGAGUUGGUUCUCUGCCGAGAGAAUUUUUCAAGUUCUGAACUACUGGGCCAACAAUGGCGACUCAGGAAAAGAGUGAAGUGAUUCAACCACCAAUUGUAGACAAGCAAUUAGAAAGUUACUCCUAUACUAAUUGGGCAGGGAAGAUACAAGAACAGUACCAGAAAAUCAAAGAGAAUGCAGAAACUUACCCCUAUGUUUGGGGUUCCUAUACUGUUGUAUACGGGGGAUUUGGCCUCUGGUUUGCAUAUAGAUGGCGAAGGCUCCGCAAAACUGAGAACCGAGUCCGUGUCCUUCAAGAGAGACUUCGCAAACUUGUGCAAGCUGAAGAGUCAGCAACUUCAUCUACAGCAAAAGCACCUGCAUCUUCUGACAAAUCGACCAGAUAGAUUCGUUCCUUUUCUUCAUUGAAGUUGUGUUUUUACGCAUGGAUUGAUAUUCUUUUUGUUGAAAAAUUGAGUUAUCAGUGACUG